UAGUCGGAUUUAACAGACAUCUAGGUGUACUGAUUAGCGAAUAUGUGCAGUACUUAGUUUGUGUCAACCCUAGUGAGGGAGUGUUUUUGACCGACUUCCGGGUGCUCAUGUGAUUCUUUUUUGCAGGACCGGAGGUGGUGUGGUGUAAUGGCAAGUGACAAAUACCAGAUAGUGGUGCAAGGUGAGGCGUCAGAGACCGACUCAGAUGAUGAGGUAUACAUCACCUCCCUCUCUCCACAUUCAACAGCCGGAGGGCAAAAGGUACCAGGGGAAGCAUCUGAGACUGACAGCGGGGGGGAGGUUGAGAGAGUACGUAAAUGUGUCAUUCCUGCAAGCUCUGAAAACCCACAAAUAUUACGCAAGGACUUAACUCCCCUGCUUGUGAUCAGAGAUAACCCUGACAUUCCGUCCGCGGUAGAGGAGUUUGUUGUGUCUAGGCCUGAACACAAUGGGCUCUACUACAACACUUUACUCCAGCUGAAAUUACAGGAGAGCAAUACACGUCUGUGCACGGAUGUGCCCCAGACCAUCAAACAGGUGUAUGGUAAUGCCACAAAGGAGAUACGCAUGGCCACAACCCACCUAAACAGCUCCCAGAACGGCAUCAUCAACGCCUCCCACAGCAUCCGACUCAUUCUGGAUGACCUCAAGUCCGUCUCAGAGGAAAUAGACAUUAUCACCAGCUGUUAUCUACUCCCCGAUAUUACCAUCCCCUCCUCUCCCACUACCCCUAUUCUCAGACAGUGAUGUGCCCCAUUCAUUUUUUCAUAUGUAUUAUGUAGGCUAAACAAUGGACUUGGGAGUAUUGUUAUUUGUAAAAGGCACUUGCAUUAGGUGAAUAAAUUAUGCAUGCCAUUAUACUAUUACUGCUCCAUGUUAUUCAGAUAGCUUAUUCAUUGUAGUUGGCCAUAAAGGAUAGCUUAUUGCUCUCAAUCAUACGUUCAAGUAUUUAGCUGUUCACAAGCACAUGAGAAGGUUCAAACCCCCCGAGCUGACAAGGUACAAAUCUGUCGUUCUGCCCCUGAACAGGCAGUUAACCCACUGUUCCUAGGCCGUCAUUGAAAAUCUGAAUUUGUUCUUAACUGACUUGCCUAGUUAAAUAAAGGUAAAAUAAAUAAAUAAAUAAAAAUGUCAAUCUCUGUAUUUUCCAAUGCACCAAACCUUGUGUAGUCCUAGUGCACAGCCCACUCUUGUGGUGUCAGCAAGGCACUGCAAGGGAUGCGACCGCUGUGGUCAUUUUUUGCGUAGGCCUAGAUUUGAAGAAACUGCAGAAUCCCCAUUUGCUAACAAAACAAUGACAACAUUGAAUUCUAGGUUGUUAUCAUUGUGCGUUGCUGUAUUCACAUUUCAGUCAUUGAACUGCAAUUAGGCCUCUACUUUUACAUUUGAAGGAACAGUUAAAACAAUUUAAGAUACAGUGCAAUCCUUCCAAAGAUAUAAAAAGUGUUACAAAAUUGAAGAUAAUUUUUUUAUCCAAUGGGAUUCCGGGGGGUUUGAUUAACCAUUAUUUUUGCAGUCACUGACAUGUCGGGUGAGACUGAGCAUUUGGCAUGGCACCCAGGAAGUGCGAACUGAAAGUGAUCCAUUCUCCCAAGGUCAUCUGAAGGGCAUGUCUGAUCUCACUAGGGCUGGGCGGUAUACCGUAUUUUACUA